GAGUGUGUGUGCGUGUGUGUGUGUGUUUUCUUUCUGCCAUAUAUAGGGGCCAACUUGCUUUGAGACAGGGUUGUCUGUUUUAUAGUCAGUUCUUUCUGCAAUCCUCUCUUUCUUUUUUCUAUCUUCUACAUAAAGUCCCAGAGACCCACAGGACUAUAAGGAGCUUUGCAUUCUUCGCCUACUUUUGAGGAACAUUUGACAGAUCAGUGAUUUUGAAGCUUUGCUGAGUUGCUGGUAAACAUGGAAGGAUUUAAUGAUGUGCAUGAUGAUGGCUCCUUCAUGUUCACUUCUGAGUCUGUGGGAGAAGGGCAUCCAGACAAAAUCUGUGAUCAAAUCAGCGACGCAGUCCUCGAUGCACACUUGAGGCAGGACCCAGAUGCCAAGGUGGCCUGUGAGACAGUUUGUAAGACUGGCAUGGUACUUCUGUGCGGUGAGAUCACAUCUCGAGCCAACGUAGACUACCAGAAGAUUGUACGUGAUACUAUCAAACACAUCGGUUACGACAACUCUGAAAAAGGUUUCGACUACAAAACCUGCAAUGUGCUGGUGGCUCUAGAGCAGCAGUCUCCUGAUAUUGCACAGGGUGUCCACAUUGACAGACAUGAGGAAGACAUUGGAGCUGGAGAUCAGGGGCUCAUGUUUGGUUAUGCCACAGAUGAGACAGAGGAGUGUAUGCCACUCACCAUCGUCCUUGCCCACAAACUCAACACAAAAAUGGCAGAGCUGCGAAGGGAUGGCACUAUUCCAUGGCUACGCCCAGACUCUAAAACGCAGGUGACUGUGCACUACAAGCAGGAGAAUGGGGCUGUGAUUCCGUUGCGUGUUCACACAGUGGUUAUCUCGGUCCAACACGAUGACAACAUUUCGCUGGAAGAGCAAAAACGCAUUCUGAGAGAGAAGGUCAUUAAGGCCGUUGUCCCAGCUAAAUAUCUGGACGAUAAGACCACCUACCAUCUGCAGCCAAGUGGUCGCUUUGUCAUUGGAGGACCUCAGGGAGAUGCUGGAGUCACAGGUAGAAAAAUCAUUGUGGACACAUAUGGUGGAUGGGGAGCUCAUGGGGGUGGAGCCUUCUCUGGUAAAGAUUACACCAAAGUGGACCGCUCUGCUGCUUAUGCUGCACGCUGGGUUGCCAAAUCCCUGGUGAAGGCCAAACUGUGUAGAAGAGUUUUGGUGCAGGUGUCGUACGCCAUUGGAGUUGCCCACCCUCUGUCCAUCUCACUCUUCACUUAUGGCUCAUCGGAAAAAACAGAGAAAGAGUUGCUACAGAUUGUUAACAAGAACUUUGACCUCCGACCAGGUGUCAUUGUUAGGGACCUGAAUCUGAAGAGGCCGAUUUAUCAGAGCACCGCCUGCUAUGGUCAUUUUGGCCGAUCAGAGUUUUCCUGGGAGGUGGCCAAGCCUCUCAAGAUUUGAAGUGACAGGUUCACCCUUGAGUCAUUGUUUUGCCACUGAAGCUUUGCAACAGAAUGUGUUCUCUCUCUUUCUUUCAACGCUCCUCUUUUAGUUUAGCUCUCCUCGCAUGUACACUAUAGAGGAAUAUACUGUAAAUGUCACAAUUGAAAUCACAUUUGCAAGUCUGUCAUAAAAGGACCCCUUUACAGUUUAGUGUAGUUUGCUAACUACGAUCUAACAUAUUUAGAUUUAAAUUCAGAGACAAUUAUAAAUAAGCUCUUUGUAGGUUGAUUUCUCAGAGAAGCGAAAUAUUGUGGCUCUGUGGUGAUAUCAAAACAUUGCUCUGUUUGUUUGAGCAUCCCAAAAAAGCAGCAUUGGCUCCGUCAGUGAUGUUACUUUGGGUGGGACUUUCUGUUUAUUUACCAAUGGCAGACGGUGAAGUGUUUUGGAAAAUCUUUUUUGAAAAGUCAUUAUUUUAGAAAAUUGGGUGCUUAGAUAUUACACACUUUUAACAAUAAGUAAUAAUGUAUACCAUAAGCUCCCAGUCUUCACUGCAUUUGAAUUUUCUUGAAUGAAUUAAAUACACAAUAUUUAAUUUCUAAUCAAAAUGCUUUUAUUUUGUUGUAUUUUUUAUUUUAAACAUGUACAGAUAAUCCGGCAGCAUGUUGUCAUAGAGACACAAGAUUUAUAUUGUGGACCAUUGCUUUAGGUUUACACACGUUAUGGUGCGAAAGAAUCACGUUUCUUGCAUGUACUUGUGAACUUACAGUCUUAAAAAGGGCCAUAUCCUGUGUGCCUUUUUUCUUACAAUUACAAAACAAUUGCUUUCCAUUCUUCUCUCUAAUAUUGCUGAAUAGCAGAGGGAUCUUCACAGGAGAAUAACUAAUGUCUGCUUGUUUACAUGUACAGAUCAUUGGUAGUGGUCUUACACAGUAUUUUUCAGCACUGGAGCAUAAGCAUGUGUGAUUGUGUGUUUGCGUGUGUGUACAUCAUUUGAAAACAAGAGCAAAGCCAAAUGAUGUCGCAUCUUUGAUUUGUAUGUACGGAUCACACUAUGGAAUAUAGACUUCUGUAUCUCCAUGUGUACAGAGGCAUUCAUCUAUAAAAACAACUUUAUUCUUACUCUUUCCUCUCAGAUUUUCAACUUUUGUCUUGGAAUUAAUCUGACAUGUAAAUAAUUGUGAAUAAUUAAAGUGUGAAAAAUUCUUUA